UUUCUGUCUCUCUCUCAAAAUUUGUUUAUGAACCAAAAAUGUCUCUUAGUAGCCUAUACAUCUUAGUUUUUAGUGCUUGGCAUUCAAAAUCAAAUAGGCUACAAUUUAUCGCCAGUAAAGUUCAAGUAGUGCAUUUUAUGAACACAACACUAAUCUGAGGGUUUCACGAUGCUUUCUCCGCCCUUCGUCUGUCACCCGCUGGAGGGAAACCGGGCGCGUGUUUUUCAAAACAAGCCAGGGCGGAUCACGUGCACGGGCCAGCAAAAGCAGCAGCUCUCUGUCUGUCGCGCGCGCGCGGCUCCGGCACUCGCUCCAGGUGCGCUCAUGGUUGUCCUGCGUCAUUUCUCCGUGGCGUUCAGCGCCGCGAUGGCUGCGGUCGGGACAGCGCUGUUUAUCGCGCUCAAUCUCUUCUAUAAGAGACGGGUUUGGACACCGGAGUCAGAGUACUUCACGUUCCGAGAGGAGGAAGAGGAGCGCAGUGAGAAGCAGGUGCUUGUUCUUGGCUUGGACGGCGCUGGUAAAAGCAGUGUUUUGCAGGGUUUGAGUGGAGCGGGCUACAGGAGGGGCUGCCGACCCACUCGCGGAUUCAACUUCAUCAGCCUAAACACACCUGCGUGCCAGCUGGACUUCCUGGAAAUUGGAGGUGGUGAAGACUUGCGGAUGUACUGGGCAGAUUACCUAAGGAGAACAAACAUCUUGGUGUAUGUGGUGGACUCCUCUGAUCGAAGUCGGCUUCCUCAGGCCAAAGAUGAGCUCCACCGAUUGCUCAAAGCAGAGACUGAUCUUCCAGUUGUGGUCCUGGGAAACAAACAGGAUAAGCCUGAUGCUGUCAGUGUCCCGGAGCUGCGUGAGGCUCUUUCCUUGAGCUCAGUGGCUGAUCAGAGGAAGCUCUUCCUACUGGCUGCUCAGUCGGGAUCUGACGGAUUAAGCAGAACCUGCAGCCUCCAAAAGAUCCAGGACCUGCUUCUGAAGCUGGUGUGAAGCCAGGAGGAGUUGGCACCGAUGUGCCAGAGAGGACUGGCAAAGGGAUAUUCAGUUCCGAGAAAAGCACUCCAAGAAUCGAGCGGGAGAUAAGAUGUUUACGUCAUGAUAAUGCCACUGUUGGGACUCAGAAGUUUUUUUUUUUUUUUAUUAAAAUGAGUCCUGUGCUCUUGAUGGCAUUAUUGCUGCAAGUUACAAUA